AUUUGUUCAUAAAUAAUUAUUUAUUACUGUAAUUGACAAUUGUUGUAUGUGUUAUUGGUGGGGUUCCGUUAUUUGUCCAUAAUGCAGUGCUCGGUUUUUAAUUGCUCCAACCAAACGAAUAACCGAAAAUAUCAAUUCUUUCCCUUUCCAAAAGAAACAAAAUUAAGAAAUAAAUGGUUAAAUUUUUGCCAUAAAGGUAAUGAAAUAAAUUUAAAAUUAGCGAUAGUCUGUUCGAAGCAUUUUAAACCAAAACAGUUUUUAAAGAAUAAUAAAGGGGAAAUUGUUGAUUUAAAACCGCAUGAGGUGCCGUCAAUAACCACUUCAGAAAAAUCGCGCAACAAUAAAAUGUCUGGAAGCAAAGUUAGUGAUUCAACAAUGACGCCAAAUAUAGGCAAUACUUCGCGGUACACGCAGAGAUGUAGGGUACACAAUGAAAUCUUACUGUAUAUUUGUGAAGAUUGCAGAGCGUUACUUUGUGAGCAUUGCUUACCUGAAAACCAUGCCGCACACAAUUGUUUUGAAAUUGACAAUUUCCUAAACCAAAGGAAAGAUUUAAUUUAUCACCUCACACAAUGUGGUAAUUUGGCUUCGAGAUGUUUCGAAAAUAUUGGUUUUGAAGAAGUGGAAUGUAGCCGAAAUAUUGAUGACAACUGCAAUAUGUUGGCACAAAGCAUACGGAAUACUUUUCGGCCGCUUAUAGCGGCUUUGGAGCAAAGAGAACAUAAUCUUUUAGAGAUUGUAAAUAAAAUGCAUAGAAAUCGAAUGGACGUUAUGUAUGAGCAAAUGUCUACAUUGAGGGCAUCAUAUACGGGUUUAAUCAAUUCUACUAAUAAAUUACAUAGGCUUUUUGGUAAUGGGCCCCGUUUAGAAAAUUUCUACAUUGUUACGCAAGUAUUAGAGGCACAGCGACAAGUGGAUAGGUUUGCUCAAUUAUAUGAGGGAAAACAUUAUAAAGACGAAUUUUAUAAGUUUUAUCCACCUCAAUUUUCGAGUAACGUUUUGAGGAAUAUAGAAACCCUAGGAUCCAUUGAACUUGAUGGCCAAAAUGACCUUACUAACAUAUUCAACAUUCCAAAUGGUGUGCAAGAUGUUAACUCACAAAAUACAUUCUUUACCACAUUUCAAGCAAAUCUUAAUAACGAAGUUGAACCAAAUGCGGAAACAGAUACAACUAACAUAUUUGAAACUCAACAAAAUGAAAAUAGUACAAACAUUGGUAUUGGACAAGCAGUACCUGGAUUCGAAAUGGUCAAAGUUUUACGUUCAGAUUUACCGACAUUGACUUUUGCACCCAAAGGGACUGAUGAUGGUCACCUUGGACGUCCUUGGGGAGUUUGUGUAAAUAAAGUAGGACAAUUUUUAAUUACUGAUAGACGUAACCAUAAUGUACAGAUUUUCGGUGCAAAAGGACAAUUUAUGUAUAAGUUUGGGCAAAAAGGGAGCAGUAAUGGCCAGUUUAAUGCGCCUGCCGGAAUCUGUGUGGACAAAAGUGGUCGAAUUAUUAUUGCAGAUAAAAAUAACCAUCGUAUACAAGUAUUCACAUCAGGUGGAAAAUAUCUGCUAUCAUUUGGUAGUUUGGGCUCAGAAUGUGGAAAUUUCAAAUUCCCAUUUGAUGUUUCUGUGAACUCAAAUUUACAAAUUGCUGUUACGGACUCGGCAAAUCAUCGCAUACAACAAUUCGAGCAUAAUGGACGUUUCAUCCGUGAAAUACCGCUAGGUAUUUGCAAGUUCAGUGGUUACGAAAUAACACCGCGUGGCAUAUGUUAUACACCCAAGGGGAACCUAAUUGUAACAGAUUAUGCAAAUCACUGCUUGCAUCUUAUUGAUCCUGCGAAGGAAAAGAUUAUAAGAACUAAAGGCAAUCGUGGAUUUGGAACUUUACAAUUUUCAUGUCCCUCUGGUGUGUGUUGUGACGAUGAUGGCACAAUAGUUGUUGCAGAUUGCCAUAACCGCCGCAUCUGUGUUUUCAGUUCUACAUUAGAGAGUUUAUGGAACCUUGACAUACGUCCAUCUGUGAAUUGUUUAAAAAAUACUUAUUGUGACGAAACUGAUCGUACUUGCGACGUUGCGCUGACGAAGGAGGGUCGUAUAGUUUUUGUAACGGAAAUGUUGCCUGCAAAUGAAGCUACAUAUACAACAAAAAGAUUUGUUCAUGUUUAUUAAAUUUAGUGUUUUAAAAUUAAACUUUUAUACCCUUCCAAUUAUUUUCCUUACAAUGAAGUCUAUGUUAAAAUAAGUGUUUAUUUAAAGUGAAUUGAUUUUAUCAAUAAAAAAAUAUGUGUAUGUACAA